AUAGCUGUAAAUGAAUCUGGGUUUUACUCACUUAUCCUGUCUUCAAAACUAGAAACAGCCAAAAAAUUUAAACAUUGGGUCACAUCACAAGUACUUCCAUCCAUCAGGUUAUAUGGACAAUACAAACUGUUUGACAACCCAAAUAACAAAAUGUUCAAGAUUGAAAAUGAAACCGAUCUGUACUGCAAAGUAGUUGAAUGUAUCACAAGGUUUUAUCCAGAAGCCAUCAUUGUGGCUGGCUUGGGUGAACUGCAGGACACGAGAUGGAAAAGAAUCUCUAUCUGGAAAAAGGGUUACAUGAAAGGCCAACCAGAUAUUAUGAUCAUGAACUAUCAUAAGGACUACAGCGGGUGCUGCAUUGAGUUCAAAUCCCCAACCAAUAAUUACCAGAUAUCUGUAGCGCAAAAAGAGAUGAAACACAAAUACAGAGAAAAUGGCUACUAUUUUCUCCGUAGUAAUGAUUAUGAUAUUAUAACCAAAUAUAUA